AUGGAAAAGCAAGAAUCUAGCGAAGAAUCGACAAAAGCGACAGUUAGUUCGCAAAGGAGAUGCAUAAAGCAUUUCGGCGAAGUUUUUGGCUAUAUACCGGGCUCAACUUUGCAGUAUGAUACUGACCGCUCUCAAGUGAUAAAACUGAAGCUGCCGGCUUUAAAUGUUGGCGUUUUCGGCCGGAUUGCAGCAGGGAAAUCGUGCUUUAUUAACACGGCAGAAAGCGUGCUCUCUGGAGAAUACAGCGAUCGUGCAGGGGAAAAUAGGCUCGCCAAGGAAGGGGAUAAAUGCAUAUUGGAAGCCACCACUGCGGAGAGGAUUAAGGUUCGGGUAGGACAGAAAAUGUGUUUGGUUGAUAAUCGGGGAUUUCCGAAGAAAUGCGACGAGAGUAUUGCUGAAGAAGUUGUGAAACAGUGUGGUAAGCCGAGGGUUAAAUGCAUUUUAUUCGUAUAUUUAAAUUCGCGCGUAUUCGAAUCCAUAAGCGCGCAAAACCUGCAAAGGCCCAAUUCCACUCAAGAAAAAUUUCCACGGACCGAAAAUUUUCCGAAAAUAUGAAAAGUUUUCAACUUCAACAUUUUUUCCGACGGAAAAUUUAGUGUCGACGGCCAAUCAUAUUUUACACAAUUUUCUUUCUGCGGAAAAUUUUCUCAGUUGAGUGGUAAAGGCUAGUUUCUACUCAGGAAAAUUAUCCGUGGAUUGGAACGGACAAGAAAAUUAUUCUUUGUGUUAAAGUCAUUAAUAGUUCCAACCCAGAGCUCGCAAGACAAAGAAAAAUUUUCUUGUCCGUUCAAAUCCACGGAUAAUUUCCCGGAGUGGAAACUAGCCUUAAUGGCCCGGGCCUUUAAAUUUAGCGAAAAAUAUUAACCCGCGCAAAAAAGUUUGAUACCCUAAGCGUGUAUGAUACUGACAGUAAGAUGUAUUGCUGUCAAUUAAAAUACGAGAUUUUUUAUUGGUUAACUUUCAGUCGCACUACCUUUUUAUACAACGGCCUAGUCCUAGGCCUUCCUGCGUACUGGAUUGGAUUUUGAACCGCGGGAGAAGGCCAAUAGCAAAAUUCGUCAAAUUGCUGUUAAUAUCCUCUCAACAAUUUAACCCAUUGAGCGUGUGAAAAGUCGUUUGGCGUUAGACAGAGUAAAAUAAUAAAUUAGGGCAUAAUGAAACCUAAUUGGUUAAAAAAAAUUUAAAUAUCAGUGGAGGUUAUUUCAUAAAACACCGGACAUUUUUAUUAUUUAACGACGGUGGCCUUUUCAGUAAUCUGUUUUUCAAAGUGCCUAAUAAAUGUUAGGGGUACAUUAUUGUGGGUUUUGUUUAUAUCUUUUCAGACGGUACCAGAAAAUUCGGUAGUUUUGUUCCCGAAGAUUGGAACAGUUCUCCUUGGCAGAAGUUCAAAGAUUCUAUUUCUGGUUCAUUUCGAAGGCGAUCACUUAAGCAACGGGUCCAUUGUGCCAUAUUAGUGUACAGGUGACAUGCAUAUAUUCAUGAAUUGUUAAUGAGUUAUUAUCGCGAAAUGUAUAGUGUGCACGACUUUUGAAAAGAUUGGAGAGAUAACAUAACAUAUAACAGUUAUGUUAUGGACAAUAGACUAUUGAGGGCUGUUUAUAUGAGACGGUUGAAUAUAAUAGAGUCACGAUCUAUCUCAACGGCCAGUUUAUAAUAGUUUAUACCUGUAAACCACAUAUAAAUCAUAAGUAUUCUCUAGUUAUAAUCACUCCGCGUAGUUUCAGUUCUACAAUGUUGUAUUUAGGCUUGUAUAUGCGAGAAAGAUCGUGACAAGCAAUUUCUUGCAAGAGGUCUAAUGCAGGAAAACUAUACAUAAACAUUCUAACUUUAUUUUUGGUUUUAUAGCUUACAUGACGACACAGAACCUGAAGAAUUUAAACUUAUAAUUGAUGUUCUACGAAAAUCUUGUG